AUGCAACGUACUUAUAAAUGUAAUGUAGAAAAUAAUCAAAAGAUGAAUAAUACAUUUAAAUCAUCUGUUAAUAAAUGUUUUAAAAUGAUAAGAACUGAGUGCAUUAUACGGAAGAGAAUAAUAUUAUAUUAUGUGUCUGUUAAUGUUUUAUUUUUUCUUUGUUUUAUUUUUAUAUUUUCAAGAUUUAGCAGUGGCCAUUUUUAUGAGAAAUGGAAAAAUAAGCCUAACAUAAAAAGCAUAUGUGGUAGAAGACUUAAUAGAUCCUUGUAUGAAUUCCAAAUAAGUAAUAAUUCAAAAUAUUUUAAUGUUUAUGCAAAUAAUCAAAAUAUACAAAUUGAUAAUUAUAAUAAUGUGAUAGAUUAUUUGGAUGAUUAUUGCCAAAAUAAUGUUUUAAAUAACUCCAAAUCGAUGAAUAAUAUAUAUAAUGAAAUAAUAAAUACAAAAUGCAAUGUCCUAUUAAGAAAACAAAGAGUACUAUAUGAAGAAAAAAAAGAUGUUUCAAAAGAAGGUGAUUCAGAAACGUUAGGAGAUAUUCGUAAUAAAUUAAAAACAAGAACAGAAAAAACUAAUAGAAAUAUAUAUGCAAAUGUAUAUGAAAGUGGGAUAUAUGUACCAAUAGGAGGAAAUAUAGAUAAUUUAAAUACCAAAGAAAAUGAAUUAAAUCUACCAAAUAACGCAGAGCAUGAAAACCAAUCAAACAUUCCUACAAAUACAAAUGAUGCACGUGAAAUAAAUAGAACUGAGUCUGCUGUAAAACCUAAAGUUAUUAAUUUCACACAUAGUGGAUUCAAUAAUAAACGUAUAGUUGAAUAUGAGGUAGUUCCUAAAAUUAUUACAACUACAGAUGAAGGGAAGGUAAGAAUUAACAGAGUUGAAUAUGAAUUAAGAGCAAAAUAUGAAAAAUCAAAAAAUUAUGAUGUAAAUAAUAAUGAUAGAGAAACAAAUGAUAUAUCAUCUAAAAUGGAAACAAAAAAUGAACCAACAAUAAAAAAUUCAAAUGUUACAAACGAUGUGAAAAAAGAGGACACGAAUAUUACAAAACAAAGUAGAGUAAAUAGUAAUAGUAGUAAUAUUAAUGGUGUCAAAUCAAACGUUACUACUAAAGAAACUCAAUCAGAAAAACCAUGUAAUAAUAAUCAAACGAAACAAGCCACUAAUCCAUUUAUAGAAGAUGAUGUAUCAGAUAAGAAACAUAAGAUUCAAGAUAAUAAUAAAGGAUUAAACGCUACAACUAAUAAAACUAAUGUUAAAACUAAAUUAGAAGAUAAUACAAAACAAAUGAAUCAAGGUACUAAUCCGUUUGUAGAAGAUGAUGUGUCAGAUAAGAAAGAUAAAUUUCAAGAUAGUAAUAAAGGAUUAAACGCUACAACUAAUAAAACUAAUGUUAAAAAUAAAUUAGGAGAUAAUACAAAACAAACGAAUCAAGGUACUAAUCCAUUUAUAGAUGAAGAGGAAUUAGAAGAGCUACUUAGACGUGAAAGAGAAGAAAAGAAUAAAAAUGAAAAAAAACAAAAUGGAGAGAAUAAUCAAAAUAAAAAAAGGAAUCCAGGUGUUCAAAAUAAAACAAAUAAAGAAAAUAAAACAAAUAGUCAAAAUAAAACAAGUAAUCAAAAUAAAACAAGUAGUCAAAAUAAAACAAGUGGUCAAAAUAAAACAAGUAGUCAAAAUAAAACAAGUAAUCAAAAUAAAACAAGUAGUCAAAAUAAACAAAAUAAAGCAAAUAGCCAAAAUAAACAAAAUAUGACAAAUAAUUUAGAUAGUAAAAAUGCAAAAAAUGAAAAAGAUAUUCCGAAUAAAUUAGAUAGUCCAAAUGUAAAAAAUAAACAAAAUAUUUCAAAUAAAUUAGAUAGUCAAAAUUUACCAAAUAAACAAAAUAUGCCAAAUAAAUUAGUUAAUGAAAAUAAAGAAACUACACAAAACAAUAAAAACGUAAAUGCGAAAAAAAGUGAUAUUGGAACAAAUGGAAAAUCGAACAUAGAGAAAUCUAAAGACAAACAAUUAACUACAAAAAACAAUGACGAAAAUAAGAAUUCUGUAAAGAGUUCAAAGUUUAAAGACGCUUUAUUAGAAGUAACCAAAGAUAUUGAAAAUGGAAUUAGUUCAGAUAUGCUUAAUAAAAAUCAAAACGGAAAACAAUUAAAAAGUGAAUCUUUAAAAAAAAAUGAAUUAGAAAAUAAAAAUACAAAAAAUAUGGAUGGUAGUAAAAAUGUAUUUGAAAAAGAGAAUGAUCUAAAAACAGAAUCAAAAAGAAAUCUUAAUAUAUCACAAGAAAGUGGUUUAGAUUAUACAGAUGAAUAUAAUGGAGAGUUUAAUAAAGAGUAUGAUAGUUAUUCUGAUAUAGGUUCCACAACUAUGGAAUACGAUGAAUAUUACAAUGAAAGUUACAAUUCUGAUGAUUAUGAUGAUAAUUAUGUAGGAAAUCCAAUGAAAUUAUUUACAAGUGAUAUAAUGAAUAAUUAUGGAAAUAUUAAAAGUGGAUUAAAACAUAAUACGAAUAAAAUUGCAAAGACUGUGUUAAAAGGUAUAGAUGAUGAAGAGUCAUCUGUUAAAGAGAAGAAUGAAAAUAAGAAUAAAAAAAAAAAAGAUAAAAUUGUAAUUGAUAAGGAUGAUACAUCUGAUAAUGUUUCUUUGAAUUCAACGGAUCCAGAAUUAUAUUAUAAUAAUGAUGAUUAUUAUGGAAAUGGUAGCUAUUAUGAUAGUGAUAUGUACAGCAAUAGCGAUGAUUCUGAAAGUGGUGAUGAUAAUCCUAUUACAGUUCUCGCAUCAGAAAUAGUUGAUGCGUGUGGAAAUAUAAAAGGGGGUGCAUUAAAAGUUAAAGAUAUGAUUACUGAAGGAGGACCACAACUUUUAGAUCUGACAGCAAAUGUUGUGGGGACCAAGACAAAAGAUGGAUUUAACAAAGUAAAAGAAAUUGUUACUAAGAAAUGUGGCCUCGAUGUAGAAUCGGAUAUCGAUUUAGAGACUGAAACAAAUCCAUUGAAAUGGCAUCAAGUAAUAAGAAACAAAUAUAGAAAGUUGCAUUUUGGAUGGAAGUUAUUUUUAAAUAUUGGACCUCCAGCUGCAUUAGGAAUUAUAGGGAUUUUAGUCGCUACAGUGGGAUCAGGUGGGGGACUAUCUGCAUUAGCAUUUGUACCCAUGGCAGCAAUUCUUUUUUUUCAGGUUUAUAGAUUAACAAAAAAACAUUAUUAUAAUAAGAAAAAAGUAGGUAUUAAAAAACUAUUGUAG